AUGGCCCGAAAAAAAACAAUUUCAUCAAAAGUUAAAAUACGAAAAGAAGCCUAUAAACGACGACAACAAAUUCAUUCACGUGUUAGUCGUUCAUGGCGAAUUUUAAUUUUAACGAUAAAGGCUGUGAAAAGAUUUUCGAGUUUCAAACAUAAUGUCUCAGCUGUUUCACGUGUGCCAAGAUUACUCGGCAUAUCAGAAACGGACUUAAUCGGUUCACAUUGUAUUAGUUUUGGGAAUAACGUGAAAAAACAAGAUAACUUUUCUGAUUCAGCUCAAGUGAAUGAAGAAUUUGAUGAAUCAAAUAUAGUCGAGGAUAUUGUUAAGAGACUUGUAUCAAAGGUUUGUCGUUUGGAUAAUGAACGAAAAAGACAAUCAAAAAAUCGAAAAGCUCAAAAAGAAACAAGAAAAACUCUUAGUAAUGAAGAGCUAACAACAAAACUUCGUAGUCGGAAUAAACGGUGUGAGCGGAACAAUUGUCGUGAGGUUUUAUUUCAUCAACAACAGAGUGAACGUUUAAGAAAAUAUUAUCGAAAUAAAUAUCAAAACAACAAUGACUUUCGUAACAGAGAAAAGGCUCGGGCAAAUAGUAAUAUUUCCUUGAAAUAUCAUAAUAAUUUCAAUUUUCGUGAAAAGAUGAAAUCGCGUUCAAAGAUUCAUUGUUUUGAUAAAUAUCAUAGAGAUAAGAUUUUCCGUCAGAAAGUUAAAGCACGAUCAAAAUGUAUUGUUUUUAAUAAAUAUCAUAAUAAUACAGAGUAUCGUAACAAAGUUGUAGCACAAUCAAAUAUGAAUAUUUUAAAUAAAUAUCAUACUAAUUCUGAUUUUCGAAAUAAAUACAAAGCAAAUAUGAAAAGUCAAGUUUUGAACAGAUAUUAUACUGAUAAUUCGAUACGAUUCAAAAUGAUUGAGCGUGCAUUGAAUUCGUAUCGUAGUAAUAAUACAUUGAUGACACGAAAGUCAAGACAGCUUUAUAAUCAACGUAGACGUAUUCUAAAAAAAUAUGCCACUUUUCAAAGUCAUAAAUGUACAUUUAAACACACCAAUAUAUAUAUAGAGAAUUUGAAAAAGUUUCGAAAAAUUAUUCGAGAAGGACCUGAUUAUGUUUGUAUAUCGUGUCGGUUAGCACUUUUUCGUAAUCAGGUGAUACCAUUUGCUGAAGAAAAGUAUAUAAAACAAAACAUGUCAUAUGACAUAAAAAAACAUAUUCAAUCUUGCUUUAAAUAUUCAUCGUCAACAGAACAAAAGUGGAUUUGUAAAUCAUGUUCAGACAAAAUAAAGAAACGACAAAUGCCAAGCCGAGCAGUUAUGAAUAAAUUGGAAGUUUGUGAAAUUCCAUCUGAAUUAAAAAGAUUAAAUAAUCUUGAAAAGCAUUUAAUUGCUUUAAGAUUACCAUUUAUGAAAAUUGUAAACUUAACAUCAGGAAAAUUAUCAAGUAGAUUAUCACAAAAAGGUACUAAAGGGCCACUUCAUUGUGUGCCAUCAGAUGUACAAGACACUGUAACUAUAUUACCUCGUCCAGUUGAUAAAUCCAUGAUGGUCCGAUUACAACUGAAACGACGCAUAAAGUACAAAGCUGUAUGGGAAGAACAAUUAAUAAAUCCAAAUGACGUAAGAGAUGCACUAUUUGUUUUAACUAAGAUGCAUCCAGCAUACAAAAGUAUAAAGAUAAAUGAAAUUCAUGAAAACUAUCUUACAUCUGAUCAAGAAAAAAACUACGACAAUAACGUUGAGUUAGUACUUGAACCAAUGGAUGUUGACACCAUAUCAGAAGAGACUGUCAUUGAACAAACAGAAAUAUCUAAUGAAAAUAAUCUAAAAAGAUUAGCUUUAGGUGAUAUUGAUAAUACUAUUGACAGUGAUGAAGAAAUAAAUGAGGAUGAACAAGACAUUCGUACUAAAUAUAAUAUUGGUACAGAUUCAUGUACUCAACCAUGUGAUUUUAAUGAUUUUUUAGUCUUUGACAAAGAGCCAUGCGUAGUAGCACCAGCUGAAAAAAAUAAAUUAAGUUCAUUAUUAACAGAUAAAACAAUUGAAGCAUUAGCCUUUCCUCAUUUAUUUCCAGAUGGUCAAGGCUCAUAUGACGAAGAUCGUCAAACAAUUCUUAAAUGGAAAGAAUAUUGUAAAGCACGUUUAUUUUCAUCAGAUUCUCGUUUUGCUUCAGAUUCAAGUUACAUUUUUUAUCUACAGUAUUUAGGUGACUUGAAACAAGUAUACUCCGGAAUCAAUAUUGCUUUCCGAAAAAAAUUACCAAUGAAUGCUAAACAAAGCUUAGAUGAAAUGCAAAUGAAAUUUCUUAUGAAUAAAGAUAUGAUAUAUCGUCAUUUGCAAUGUGUUCGAGGUAGUCCACAAUAUUGGUAUAAACGUUUAAAAGACUUAUUCGGAAUGACACGUCAACUAGGUUUUCCAACCUUUUUUCUUACAUUAUCAUGUGCUGAUCUACGUUGGAAAGAAUUCACUGAUACUUUUGUACGUCACACUGGAGCUCCAAUAAAAGAAUCAUAUACAUUUGAAGAAAAAACAAAACUUUUACGUGCGAAUCCUGUUCUAGCUGCACGUUUGUUUGAAAAACGAUUUAAUACAUUUAUGAAUUUAUUUAUUAAAGGUGGAGCAUCGUGUCUAGGCAUUAUUGAAGACUGGUUUGCUCGUAUAGAAAUGCAAAUGCGAGGUUCACCACAUUCUCACAUGCCACUUUGGGUAAAAGGUGCACCUGUUUACAUUGGAUUGCACACCGAUGAAAAAACUCGUGAGGAAAUCGUUAAAUUUUGUGACAAAUAUAUUACGACACGAUUCCCAUCAUUAGAAGAAGAUCCAAUAUUACACUAUCUUGUCAAAGAAUUACAGAUUCAUUCUCGUAAUCAUUCAAAGUCUUGUUUAAAAUUGUAUAAAAUGUUGUGUCGUUUUGGAUUUCCUCGGCCUGUUGCUCGACGGACAUUCAUUUGUGAACCAUUAAAAGCUGAGAAUGAUGAUGAUAAACAAAAGUUUAAAAAAAUGAAAGAAAUUCUUACGGAAAUGAAUGCAACGAUGAAUAAAUUAGAAAAGGAAAAAAUUUUGUCAUGGUCGGAUUUUGAUAAUCUUCUAACAAAGUAUAAUUGGACCUAUGAGGAUUACGAAUGUGCUCUUCGUGUUGUUCAUACUAGAACGACCAUGAUUCAUAAAAGAGAACCUAAUGCACGAUGGGUUAAUCAAUAUAAUGAAGAAAUAUUGAAAGCAUGGAAUGCUAAUAUGGAUAUUCAAUUCGUACUUGAUCCAUAUGCUUGUGCAAAAUAUCUUAUGUCAUAUACAACAAAACCAGAACGAGAAAUGAGUUUAUUACUAGAAGCAACUCAUAAAGAAUGUCGUGAUGGAAAUAUGUCCGUUCGAGAAGAAAUGAAAAAAUUAACAGGUACAUUUUUUAAUCAUCGACAAGUUAGUGUACAAGAAGCUAUUUAUCGUGCAACUAAAAUGCCACUAACAUAUUCAAGUCGAGGUUUUGUUUUUGUACCAGCACAUUCAAAUAGUUGUAAAUUUUUAAAAUCACAAAAUAUAUUAAAAGAAUUGGAUCCAGAUGACGAAAAUAUAUAUAUGUCUAACUUAGCUGACAAAUAUUUUGAUAGACCAGAAGAACCGGAAUUCGAUAUUUGUAUGGCAGAUUUUGCUUCUGAAUAUGAAAUCAUAUCGAUUAAUAAGAACAUUAAAAAUCCAAAGACACCAAUUAAACGAUUGCAAACAUUGAAUUUCGCUAUUAAAAAACGUUGUAAUCGUAGUGCUAUUAUUCGGUAUCCAUAUUUCAAUAGAGAAACAGAUAGAGAAAAUUAUUUUGAAAAUCUUCUUUCUCUCUAUUUACCGAUAAGAAGUCGAAAUGAAUUAAAAAAACCUUAUGAAUUAUUUUAUCAAAUUGGUGAAGUUUUUGAUGCUCGACAACAAUGUAUAAGAAAAGUAAAAGAUAUUGUGCAUGAAAACCAAAGAAAAUAUGAAGCUCAUGUCAAAGAAACAGGUGAAACAGAAUCAUUAUUCAAUGAAUUAUCAUUGAAUAUGAAAGACGACGAAUGGGCUGAAAUUGUUGCUAACAGAGAAAAAGAUAGUAUGUGGUCAAGAGAAAUUGAACAAGAAGAUAAUCCUGAUUUCAAUGUAAUUCAUAAAAGUAAAAAUAAAAAAACGUUCAUUGACUUGAAGCAAACUUUUGCUACUACAGAUGAAAUAAGACCCUUCUUAGAAUCGAUGAACUAUGAACAACAAGAAGUAUUUUAUUAUGUUCGAGAAUGGUGUACAAAACGUUUACAUAAUCCUGAUGUCGAACCUCUUCGUUUGUUCAUUACGGGAGGAGCAGGCACAGGUAAAAGUCACCUUUUGAAAUGUCUUCAUUAUGAAGCAACAAAGAUUUUUUCUCGAAAAAAACACUUAGAACCUGAUGAAAAUAUUGAUGAAAUUCAUACAUUGAUUACAGCUUUCACAGGUGCAGCAGCUGUCAAUGUUGGUGGAGUUACUAUUCAUAGUGCAUUCGGGAUUGGCACUCAGUCUAAUAGCUUAAAUGAUCAUUUGUCUUGUGAUAAACUGAAUAGCUAUCGAUGUAAAUUGCAUUCUCUCAAAUUGCUAUUUGUUGAUGAGGUUUCUCUCAUACAAGCAAAUCUAUGGGGUGCCAUGCACUCUCGUCUUACGCAAAUUAUGGGUAUACAUUCAAAUACAGCUAUUUUUGGUAAUGUUGGAAUAAUUGCUAUUGGUGACUUUUAUCAAUGUUCACCUGUAGCAUCUUCAAGUAUUUAUUCUUCUUUACUUUGGUCUGAUCAUUUCGAAUAUGUUGAGCUUAACAUCAAUGAAAGACAAAAAACAAAUGUUUCAUUUUCACAAAUGCUUAAUCGUAUUCGAAAAAUUAAAAAAAAAGAAGAUAUGAGUAAGGAAGAUCGUGAUGUGCUUGAAAAAUGCCAUCAACGUUAUUUAAACAAAGAAUAUCAUCCAGAAGCAUUACAUCUUUUUGCUAAAAAUGCUCAAGUCGAUGCACAUAACGAGGAAAUGAUAGAGAAGAUUUGUACUAAUAUUCGAACCUUUUAUGAAGUCGAUAGCAAUGAGAAAGAAAUAAAACAAGGCGUUUCUAAACAUUCAAGAAAGAAUAAUAAACCUCUAAGACUUGCUAAAAAUGCUCGAGUAAUGAUAACAAAAAAUAUUUCUGUAAACGAUGGAUUAGCAAAUGGUGUAACAGGUCGUAUUAUAGAUUUUGUGAACAAUAAUAAUACAGAGAUCUCUCGAAUAAUAAUUACAUGUGAUUCAACUACAGUUGGACGUCUGCAUCGUAUUAGUUGUCCACAUUGUCAUGGAAAAGAUACAAUUUGUGUAACACGAGAAAGUGACACUAUUGAUCAACAGGAUUCCGAUUUCCGUUCAAGGAAAUCAAUAAAACAAUUUCCUCUACGUCUUAGUUGGGCGAUGACUGUACAGGGUGGUAAAUAA